CUAUCUCUAUUUCAUAAUGGAUUCUACAAACCCAAACGAUGAAGCCAAUAGUUCAACUCCUCCAACACAAAUCGAAAAUACAUGCAAGCUAAAUCCAAAUGCACAAGAGUGGGAAGGAACCAGCAAAAAAAAGCUAAACCCAAAUGCACAAGAGUGGACUCGAGUAAAGCAAGAGGAUAGAUGUCUCUUCUUAACACUUUCAAAAAAUAACACAUCAACCACAACUAGAGAUAUACAUACCUACUUUACCAAAACAUAUGGUGACUGCCUGCAAUCAAUUGUGAUGUUUGGAGGUCAAGAUUCACCACUUUGUGCUAAAGUGUUUUUCAAGUCUUCAAUUAUACCAAUGAUGUUUUUGGACAAAUCAAAUGAAGUUUAUAUACACAUUAAAGGCCAGACAGUGUUGUGCAAGAAGUAUAAUCCAAAGAAGAAACAACACCAUUAAGAAUCGAUCCAGAAUAUGGAAUAAAAAUUUAAGAAAUAAAUGAAGAUGGAAAAAUAAUUAAUAAUAGUGACAUCAAUGAGGGUUCAGGG